AUGUCAAAACUGACGAAGAGUUCGUGCAAAGUCCAGAUGAGGCCACUUGGCCUGGACUAUGGCUCAAUCAAGACUGCUGCUGAGAUCAUCAGCCUUUCUUUCGCCUCAGAUCCCUUGAUCCGUUGGCUCUCGCGUGACCGCUCUGGUCCUGGCUGGGAGACUUUGACACCUACCCUGCAGCAAUGGCAAGAGGCACGCCUGCGCGAGUAUGCAGUCCGUGGAAUCGCCAUGGAAGCCGUUACAAUGGAUGAUACUCAUAGAAGCGUUGGAUCUUGCUUUUUGUUUCCCCCCAGGCCAGUGUAUCGAUGGCUGAACCCACUCUGGUGGCCGUCAUAUUUGCGAGUCUUAUGGGACGAGUGGUGGGUCCAACCAACUGAACCAUUCUGUCUAGAAAAGGUGAUACAACUUGCACAAGUCAAUAAUAGCAGAUCUAACAAGCCCUCACAGAGGAUCGGAAUCAUGAUGGAGUCUCAUAACGAUUUCGAGGAGAGGAUCAAGAAGAAAUAUCCACCAAAUUCUCUAUACUACCUCGAGAUUGCUGCGGUCAGACCUGAUACGCAGGGAAUGGGAGUUGGGAAAACGAUCAUGCAAUGGGUGGUGCAGAAGAUAGGAGACUAUCCAUGCUAUAUUGAGUGUACAGACAGGAACAAUGUCGCGUUUUACGUCAAGUAUGGCUUUGAGGUUGUCGAAGAGAAGGAAUUGGUGGAUGAGGAGGAAGCGAUGCCACCAACGACUUUGUUUUACAUGAUUAGAGAUACAUUAGCACUCAAGAAAUGUGUCCAAGCGGGCAUGACCUGCGAGGGUUACAAAACACGAUUGACAUGGGGCUCUUCAGACACUGCAAGCUCAGCAGGGGGCGGUAUAGUCUUGAAACCAAUUCGUCCACCACGCCAGAAGAGUAAAUCUCUGCGUAAUAGAAGGGUAAGCCCCGCCGUUGAGACCGUGGGAGACCCGCUGGUGGACUUGCCCGACUUUUCGUCAAUGCAGUCGCCAGAUGAACUGGAUCUGCUUUGCUUGCAAUUCGAAUCAUUAUCAGAAGGUUUACCAGACGAGGAAGUCUCACAGAAGCUUAUGAACACUUAUAGUAUCUGUCUAAAGCACGCUUGCUUAGCGUAUCAGGCAAGUCUUGAUGUUGAUACCAGUCAUUUGACACCUCUCUACAUGCAAUCGGCUCUUUCAAACUAUCUCAAUGACUUGGAAAAUCCAAGCAUGUUGUGCCAGGAUGUCACUUUGGCAACGGGGGUCUUAUUAUGCAGCGUUAGCAUAAACUCACUAUAUAUCUGGUCACCCCUGCUGAAAGGUCUUCACGGAGUCCUCCAAGCACGUGAGCUGUUGAAUGAUCCACAGAGACCCCCCGUGGCAAACCAUCUCCUUGAAGCUGUCGGGCUAUUAGAUAUACCGUUCUUCACCCUGAACAGGAUUACACCGUCACUGGAAAUAUGGAAAUCCUAUGUCCAACCACACAAACACUCCGGUAUUGAGCAAGUGUCAGGGAUACCUUAUAGUCUGAUGAAUUUACUAGCGAACAUGGACUCUACCACCAUCGAACAAGAUCUGUUGCAGUGGCCCGGAGAACUUGGCGAUGAGUUCGCACAGAUCCACCUCUGGGAAGCGUUUCGACUCGCCGGUAUUCUUCACAGCCGCUGUCUGGCUGACCAUCCCCAAGAUCAAACAAAUCCACCGACAGCCAAGGUUAGCACCGAAAUAUUACGCAUGAAGGUAUUUGCAUCGAUUCAAGCGAUCAUCGGACUCGGAACGUUCAACUUUCGACUCUCACUCGCCAGGGCCAUAUUAUACCCUCUUUUCAUAGCUGGCAUUUUAGCCGAGAAUGCCCAAGAACAGCAGCUGACCCGUGUGGCCUUCCAAUACAUAAUGCAAAAGGGACAAGAGGGAACGGAGCAGAUAAUAUUGGAUAUUGUGGCAAAAGUUUGGAAGAAUGGAAAAGGUGGCAACGAAGCGUCUAAGUUGAUGAUAGCUACUGAGGCUACGGGGGAGCUGAAUGCUGAGAUUCACCUCUACUAA